UCUAUGUGAAGGAGGCCCUAAGAAUGUUUUGCCUCGCGAGUGCUUUCGCACUGCGCGCUGUCGUGGUUUUCCUCGGUCUCGUGGCGUUAUGUCUGGGCCACGAAGACGUGAAGCAGUCCAAGACGUUUCUAAGCGCACACGAUAAAUCGCCAGUGGCCACAAUGAGGGAAAAUAGCGCUGAUACGGAAACGCAUUUUCACAAUUCGAAAUUCAGACGUGGCACCAAGGAUAGCACACAUUAUUCUGGCCUCAAGGAAGCUGACAGGAGUUCCUCAAAGCCGAGAUCGCAACCAGCGCCUGAGGAGCCUGCGGUGCAGUGCGGAGAUCAGAUAAUGAGAGUGAUUAUCAAACUGCAGGAUGUAAACAACCUACAAGUGUUUGCAGCGAAUUAUUAUGUGCCUCUGUCCCUCUCCGAGCUGCCUGCCUUCUGCAACAUGUAUCUCAGGACAACAAGUAAUGAAGCGGUCCUAAUAUCACGCUAUGACGGCUGCUUCAUCUCAAAGCAGGGCUCUGAGUAUGUUCUGUACCUGCGCUGGUUUGGGCGGGCAGUGCGGGUGUCCUGCCCGGCUACUGAAUCCCCACCGCAGGUCACCUGUAGACAGCACACCAUGGAGGUGGCCUUCUCUGGGCAUGGGCUUGAAAACGCACUCUCUGUCAGGGUCGGCGGUGGAUGGGUUCCCCUCCUGCAUGCCGCUGUUCAGUGCAGCUUUGAGGUGGACGUCACGCCCCGGCAGCUCUCCUUCACGGCCCCCUACUCCAGCUGUGCUGUCGCAUCUGAGAAAUCUCUCAGCAUCAUCUUCAGGUCCAGCAAAUUCCACAACUCCCCUUCCACCCGGAGCAAGUUCCAGAACUCCCUUCCCACCCUGAGCAAGUUCCAGGACACUCUCCCCACCACGAGCAAGUUCCAGAACUCUCUCCCCACCACGAGCAAGUUCCAGAACUCUCCUCCCACCACGAGCAAGUUCCAGAACUCCCCGCCCACCACGAGCAAGUUCCAGAACUCCCCGCCCACCACGAGCAAGUUCCAGAACUCCCCGCCCACCUUGAGCAAGUUCCAGAACUCCCCUCUCACCCCGAACAAGUUCCAGAACUCCCCUCCCACCUUGAGCAAGUUCCAGAACUCCCCGCCCACCAUGACCAAGUUCCAGAACUCCCCUCCCACCCCGAGCAAGUUCCAGAACUCCCCGCCCACCUUGAGCAAGUUCCAGAACUCCCCGCCCAUCUUGAGCAAGUUCCAGAACUCCCCGCCCACCACGAGCAAGUAA